AUGCAGCACACGCAGGGUCAAGGAUCUUGGGGCGUUCAGAACGGUCAAAGGUCAUAUGGGACUGUUGGAUACAACUCGUAUUCGUCAUCAUCCAAUCUGCUCGGUACGAGUCUGGGACCUCAGCCUCUGGACGAAUAUAGAGCUGGUGAUGAUCCCAUCUAUGGACCUUUGUCCAAGGCGAGGACAAAGGUAGAGAGAGGGUAUACUGCAGAUUCCGAGAUCAGUCCAGACUUGAUGGACAUUAUUACACAGCCAAGUGAGUUCAGCUACGAAAGACCCUAUGUGGAUCUUCCCAGUCCGGCUGCUGCGUUCCGUCCCAUGAAGAUCACUCGAAACAUUCCCCUCCCCGAUGCACUCCAUCAGGAGCUCAACUACAAGCAUCUAACCGCCCGGAUGGGCCUAUUUGAGGAAAUCGACCGAGCAUGGUUCGCAAUCGAUAACCGCUUGUUUCUCUGGGACUACACCGAUGGACGGGACUUCAAUCGAUAUGAUGAGCAAGCGGAUACCAUCGUCUCCGUCGGAUUGGUCAAAGCGAGAAAGGAUGUCUUCGUUGACGACAUCACACACGUCCUCAUUAUCUGCACAGCCUCCAAAGUCACACUGAUCGGCGUCUCACGACCUUCUUCUCGCGAGCUCAAUCUUUAUGCUACGAAUUUGACCGCAGACCUGCCUACCGCCAUGCUUCAGAUCAGCGGGACAAACCAUGGCAGAGUGUUCUUGAGAGGGGAGAACAAGGACCUGUACGAGCUGGACUAUACCACAGAUUCUUCAUGGCUCUUCGGUAGUGGAGCCAAGGUUCGAGUAACCAACAAGACUGCGACGGGCAUGGGUUACAUCUUGCCAUCGGUAUUUGGAUCAGGAGGCAAAGAAGGCGUAGAGAACUUUGCUCUCGAUCCUGUCGCCAACCGGCUGUUCACAUACCAUACCAAAGGGGAGAUAGAGUGGAUAGACGUUAGCGGUACAGACUAUAUCACCCGGGGCAGGUACAACCGCCUACUCGCCGACUUCCAAGCCGAAUACGCGCGACUCAAUUCGAAUUCUCGUCCUGAUUCCACUGUGUUCAAAGUCAUCUCGAUGGCUCCGGUCGGCAUACACGAGAGUCCAAGGUUGGGACUAGUAGUCUUCGCUUCGAACGGCUGGCGUGCGUAUUUCAACCUACAAUACUUCGGAAGCACGCCAAUUCUGCGCAGACCUCCUCCUGUUCAGAAUUUGAAAUUAGAGCAAUCGACAUUCUACUCGUCCGGGACGGUCUUUGCUGUCCAAACGGAUACAUCUCAGCCAACUCCAACCAGUAUUCUCCACAUGAUCACGCCUCAUACUGGCCGUCUGGCAGCUGCGAAAGAGAACGGUUUCCAGGAUCCAUCGGCUGCCAAUAUGGCCGAAUGGCAUACCUCGGAACAAGUUGCAAGCUCUAUAUGGACCAUCGCGGAGACUCCAAAGACAGACCCUGCGAAUCUGCCCUCGACACUGAGAAAGUCCAACAGUCUCGCGCUGGCCCCUCUGGCUCGGCAAGCCAACGUAGAGUCUAGAAGCUUUAUCAUCCUGUCUACUGGGGGCAUAUUCUUUGCGGUACAAAGUAGACCACUAGACAUGUUGUCGGCGGGGUUGGAGACGGAACGAGACGCAGCGGAAGUAGUCGGCGCAAACUUUGGUCGAGUCCAGCUAGCCGCUAUGAGCAUCACGCUCGGCGCCAAGACAAGCAUCAAGAACCAGGAUCUCACCUCGGCCCUUUCACAUAUCAUGCACAACGCUCAAGCUCCUCAAGUUAUCAACGGAGCGAAUGGCAAAUCGAUCCUCUACUCUCCACGACAUGAUGGACUGGCUCUGACGUUGGCAAGAUUUCUGCGACCGAUCUGGGACUCCAAAGUGACGCUCUCGACUGCCGCGACUGCUUCUGCGCCUAGUCGUCAGGUUCUAGGAUGCGGGGAGUCAGUGCUUCUGGACGUUCAAGCAAAGUUGGAGCAAUUACGUCAAUACACUAACGACAACCCGUUUCCCCGUAUGCAGGCUGAAGGUGAUAUCAAACUCGCUUGGGAUCAGGAAGAGUCAUCUGUGGAAGCGCUCAAAAAACUGCUCAACCAGGCCAUAGAGGCCAUUUCAUUCAUCCUAUUGUUGAACGAUUACAGGAUAUCAGAAAUCAUAGCGAGGCGAUGCAGGUGUGAUGGACCUUUGCAGUCGUCUCUUAGCAAUCUCCUUUGGAGAGACUUGGUCUGCAGUAUCAACGGAAAGGACAUUGCGAAGAAAUUGGUGACUGCUUUGAUCGAGCAACAGAUUGGUCAAGAGCUUGGCAUCGACACGUUGAGUGAGAUCUUGCAACAGCGAUGCGGGACAUUUGUCCAGCCCGGCGAUGUGGUGCUAUACAAGGCGGAAGAGAGCAUGCGUCGUGCUGAGGGAUCCAGGGAUCCAUCGGAGCGGUCAGACUCCUUAGGAGAAGCCGUUCGACUCUUAUCUCGUGCUGGGUCAGCCAUAUUCCCGCGCAUCGGCGAGAUCACCAAGCGCAUGCGUUCCUUGCAGUAUGCGCCUGGCGCUAUCGAACUCGGACUAAAUUGUGCGUCGAAUUUGGACCCUCAAGAUCGCGCUCUCGACUACGUCCACGAUGGCAGACAUCCUCAAGAUGCCCGGAAGCAAUUCUUUGAGCAACGGAUGGAGUGCUACGCUUGUGUCAUUGAGACAUUGGCGAUGUACGACGAAGCUCUAAACCAGGCUAUCAACGAUGUCGACGCUGCUGAGGCGAAACGGGACGACGCGUACUCUUUGGCCAUUAAUUCCGACGACGAGCUGUUCCACUUUUACCUUUAUGACUGGCAGGUCGCUACCAACCGCCAAGAACAGCUUCUCGAGUAUGCCACACCAUUCAUCGAGAAAUACCUGCAAGAAACCAGCAGCGAUAUAGAGGAUCGCAGAGAUCUGCUUUGGAAAUUCUACGCGCGAAGUGGGGAGUAUUUGCUUGCGGCGAAAGCACUGCACGAGCUGGCCGUACGACAGAGCCCUAUGACCUUGACGGACCGCGUGUACUACCUCGCUCAAUCACUCACUUCUGCUAAAUCUGCCGCUUCGGUUGGAGCGGACGAUGUUGAAUUCAUCAGCUCUGUGCAAGAACGUUUGGAAGUCGCUCAAGUGCAGCAGGAGGUCGGCCGGGGUAUCGAAGGGCAUCCCGAUAUGACCAGAGUGGAAAAGGAUGAGGUGCUUGCAAAGCUCAACACCAAUCUUCUUGGAUUAGACGAGCUGUAUCAAAACUUUGCGAGACCUUUUCGAUUAUACGAGCCGAUCCUCUUGAUUCUCAAGACGGCAGAUACGCGAGUUGACGACGUAUGCGAAGCGGUUUGGAGACAACUGUUGCAGAACGCCGCGAUUGGUCCGACGCCGCACGCUGCGAUGGGUGAAAAGGUAGUGGAGCUAUUUAGGCGAUACUUCCCGUCUGAGGCGGCGCCACUGGAAGACAUUGUCAUCGGUGUAGUGUACAGCGAAGCCUUGCUACUGGGAUCAUCGGCUGAAGAGGGAUGGAUAACACGAGCCAUGUUGGAAGGUGGUGUGCCAAUGAGGGAGUGCUGGGAAGUUGUCAUGAUCUCUCACGAUCAGGCCGAGACGGACGAAGAGCGAGAAUUUUACGCUGAAGAGGCCGGAGUCUUGGCUGAUCUCUGGGUUCACGAAAGAGAUUCUAUACAUUUAGCCGAGGUGGAGAGGUUCGUCUCGGCAUAUCUGCUCCGAACACAAGCUGCUCAAAUGGACGAUAGGAAACGAAGGACGAAAGAGAUGAUGAAUCGGGCAAAGGCAGUCAUCGGGAGAUGGUGA